UAUCGUUUGUGCACUUCACUUUCACUUUUUCUUUUCUUUCUCUCUCAUCUUUGUAUCUUAUACUGCCACUUUUACAAUUUGGAUUUCUGACGAUAUUCGCUUAUUUUUAUUUGUUAUAUACUUUACAUACCACUUAUCUUUUAUCCUACAUCAGCUACCCUUGCUAACUAUUUGACAAUCACUAGCCUGCACAGCAGUAAACAGUACACGGUUCCAUCAUCAUUAAACACAGCGCUAAACAGUUUGAUGUUCGAGCUCAAAGCAACACUCAGAAAUGCUGUGGGCAUAUUCAACAGCCAGGAGGAACGGAUAGCAGCGCUUGAAAAGAUAUUUAAAAUGCAUGUGCACCCUGUCGGCAAAAUUGACACGCUCGUAAUUGGUCUGAGCAGCGCAAUUUUUGGGGUUACCUUUAUCUUUAUGGUUAUCGCCUGGUCUAAGUACAAAUACCGUCCCAUCCGCGCUAAGAAUUUACCAUUGACAACAUGUAUGUUCUUCUCCGGCAUAAUGUGGUUCGUCGGGGACAUUCCAAUGAACGGCCAUGUUCUUCUCGAAGGGCCUUGGCGCCUGUGCAAGUUUUGGAACGUUUGGGUACGAGUGCUUUUCUGCUUCAUCUACACGAUGGUGCUGUUCAGUCGGUGCUAUGCUCUUGAUCGCGUGUUCAACCAGAACAAACCAACCAGUGGCUGGGCGUACUAUGCACCUAGCGUUCUGCUGUUUGCGUUUAUAAUUAUUUACUCGAUAGUAACUCAGGCCAUGCCUGACAAGCUGACGAUUGGAUAUCGGGAGGAUUACGAGUUAUGCACAACGACCGAUGGAUACGUGAUUGUCACGCUCACCAUGCUGUGGGCCAACUGGCUUAUCAUCAUUGCCAUGAUGUACCGUCUGCGCAACAUUCAGUCGACAUUCAACGAGUUUUACGAGUUUUUGUGCAUCAGUUUCUUUGGAAUCGCGGCCAUGGUCAAGACCAAUGUUGUACACUACACACACAAAAAGUAUCCUUAUGUCAUUGGAUAUCGCGUGGCUGAGACUAUAGGCGAUGUCAUCAUUAUCAACGGCAUUAUUCUGCUCAUCAUUGGUUACCCGGUAGUCAUGAGCAUCAUCCGGCCCAGGGAGUAUGAGCGCGAGUGGCUGCUGAGACUCAGAACCGAUGGUCUGCAGGACAUGUACGAAGCUAACCUCAAUCUGCGUGCUGAAGGCCCCCUCCAUUAUUCGCGAAUGUCCGCCUCGAUCCCUAACCAAAUGGAAAAAGCCAUGUCAGAAGAUAAUAUCAACGAUGAUUCAUUAUUUGGCAUCCAUGGUUUUGGUCAUCCCAUUGAUAAUGGCGAUUCAGCGGGAGUAAACUCAGGCUAUUUACCAACUGAAGGCAUGUCAGCUACUACUUCACGCACUCCUCGAAACCGCAACAUGCGUGAAUUUGACAAUUCUUCAGUCAACUCGGCGGAUACAAUUGACGAAGCAGCAAAGGCCAGGCGCAUUCUAUAGGCGAAAUGUUUUAUAAUUAUAUCAAUCAUAAUAAAAUAGCGAAAAC